AUGUCCAAUUCCUCAGUUAAUGCGCCAUCGGAAUACUUGGAAGUAUAUAGUGGUCAAAGUGGGCCACAGUCGCAAGUCUGCAGCGAAAGAAUCGCAAUUGAGGAGGCAUUAAUCGUUCGACGCCGGCGUCUAAUUGAGCGAACGUGUCGUUUUGACUCUGGGCCACUUUGGCCGCUCGGCACAGACAAAAUUUUCAACCGGACCGGACCUGAAAAUCCAGCGAAAUGUCAAGUGGGGAAGUACAUAACGCUCGCCCCCUUGACGAGUCGAAGCGAAUAUGCGCAAGUGUAA